AUGGCGGAAAUAGCGCGCGGGGAUGAUGAAUGGUCGACCAAGGAGGAGGAUUCUAGAGAUGGCCCGGAUAAAGAGAGUGAGGGAAAAUUGACGCUGCCGACAAUGCCGGCGGUGGAGAAAGAAAUGGACCAGGUGGAGCACGAUGUGCCCACUGGAAACAUCACUUACUUUGAGCCGAAAUUAUAUCUCCAGCGCUACGACUAUGUAAUAAAUUACAUUGAGAAGACAAAAGCGAAGUCAGUGAUCGACUUGGGAUGUGCGGAGUGCAAGUUUGUUCGCGAACUCGCCAAAUUACAGUUGAGAAGAGUUGUGGGAGUGGAUAUUCAAAAAGAGUUGUUGGUAAGCAACAAAUUCACGCUAGAGUCGAACUUUGACAAUUUCUACUUGGGAAAUGAUUUCAAGAGGGAACAUGAUUGUUCUGUUGAGCUCUACCAAGGAAACGCUUGCGAAGCUCCAGAAACAAGUCUCCAAGGAAUCGACUUCUUGAGCUGCAUCGAGUUGAUCGAGCACAUCAACGAAGAAGAUCAUCCUGGCUUGUUGAAGACGAUUUUCCGCGACAUACGGCCAAAAACAGCGAUAAUUACGACACCAAACGGUGAUUUCAAUUCGCACUGGUCGACGAUGCCGCAUGGCAAUUUCAGACAUGACGAUCAUCGAUUUGAAUGGACAAGGGAGGAGUUCAAAAAGUUCACUGAGCAUUGUCUGCGGGAGUAUCCUGAGUACUCGGUAAAAAUCGAAGGCAUUGGAAAACACUGGGGAGGAGACUACUCCAAGGGUUUCUGCAGCCAAUCAGCAGUCUUCACUCUCAAGCCCUAUCCAAGUCUUCAUCCCGAGCGACCUCUAAAGUCGAAGUACAAGCAAAUCCACAAGACGACAUUGCGGAAGUUUGACUUCAAAUCGAUGCUCUACGAUGCAGUGCUUCAGAUUCUCAACACUUCUGCUGAGAUUCCAGAGCCUGACGAAGCACAGCGGCAUAAGUCCUGGACGUCUCCUGACGAGAGGAAGCCUGCCGGUGCCUUUACUGAGGAGAUCGGCAAGUAUUAUCGAUUUCCGACUGGACCUCAGAACUGGACGGAUAACGACGAAGACCACUGUGCGCAAGCGACCAUAGAUACCAGCCAGUACGAGUUGCACCAUCAGCAUUAUCAUUCCGUGCUAGAAUGUGAACACUGUCCAUAUUGUGAAUACUACUACUAUCCGCAAUGUGGACCACAGCUGAUUCACGCGUUCGUAGUUAACCUACCCCUAGAUGUGCCACAAGAAUGUGACCACGAUCCAGAGUGCGAGUACAUGUGCUAUCCGCAACCGGGCUCUCGUGCUCUUCUUUACGCCCUAGCUUAA